ACUCCUUGUUGCUCAGAGCCUCGGAACAGGGGACCGUGCACCAUGGCCUCCCGCGCGGCACCGGUCCGGCAGACAUGCUGUUGCUUCAAUGUCCGAGUUGCCACCACCGCCCUGGCUAUCUACCACAUAGUCAUGAGUGUCUUGCUGUUCAUCGAGCAUGUGGUGGAGGUGGCCCGUGGUAAGGUCUCCUGCCGAUUCUCCAAGAUGCCAUACCUCAGGAUUGCCGACCUGCUCUCCAGCUUCCUGCUCAUUGGAGUGCUGUUUGCCAUCAGCGUCAGCCUGCUGUACGGAGUGGUCAAGAACCGGGAGAAGUACCUGAUGCCCUUCCUGUCCCUUCAAAUCAUGGACUUCCUGCUGUGCCUGCUCACGCUGCUGGGCUCCUACAUCGAGUUGCCAGCCUACCUGAAGUUUGCCACCCAGCCCCGCUCUGGUCCCUCUAAGGUCUCCCUGAUGACCCUGCAGCUGCUCGACUUCUGCUUGAGCAUUCUGACGCUGUGCAGCACCUACAUGCAAGUGCCCACCUACCUCAACUUCAAGUCCAUGAACCACAUGAAUUAUCUCCCGAGCCAGGAGGGCAUGCCGCACAGCCAGUUUAUCAACAUGAUGAUCAUCUUCUCAGUGGCCUUUGUCACUGUGCUCAUCCUGAAGGUCUACAUGUUCAAGUGUGUGUUGAGAUGCUACAGAUUCAUCAAGUACACAAAUUCGGCCACAGAGAACAGCAGCUCCAAGAUGUUCCUCAAGGUGGCUCUGCCGUCCUAUGAGGAGGCCUUGUCUCUACCCACUAAGAAUCCAGAGGGAGACCCCGCGCCACCCCCAUACUCAGAAGUGUGAUGCCACCAGGCUUCAGCCCUUGGGCUGGGAGAGAGAGAGCUUCCUCCUCCUGCUUCUUCUUCACUUUGGUGGCUGCUGUGACUUACUACAGGACAAUCUGCUUGUGCAUCCCCUUACUGUCUUCUCCUCCUGGGGACCCCUCACCCAUGACUGAGUCACCCCUGGGCUAAAUGACCCGUUGAGUCUCAGAAUACUCAGCCUAGCAGCUCAUCUUGUCCCCAUCGGCAAUGGUAUUUGUUCAGAGCCCAGUCACGGAAAACUUGGUAGGGUGAGUUUGGUUAACAGCUACCAGAUUGAUCUGUUUAGCCAGGCAGCCAACACCCAAGGGGCAGCAGGAAAAGAAUUUGGACAAGCAACAGUUCUGGGUAUCUGUUUACGUGUAGCUCUCAGGCUACAGGGCAGUUCAUGAUUAUGGUGCCCAUUUACCAAUCCCAUACUCCCAAAGUAUACAUAUAAAACAAUCCCUUCAAACAGGUUGCUUAAAUAGCAAUUCAGCCAACUGUUGUCACUAGGAUUUAUGAUAAAAUCCAAUAAAAAAACAGGUGUCAAACAGAAGGAAAAAAGAAAUGGCGUUCCUCCUAUUAUUCGCUUCCAUGUACCCCGUGGGCACCCAGCCUCUGCUUGAGUUCCUCUAGAAGCUGGAGGCUGGGAGUCCAACAAACAUUCCCACCGCUGCCCUGUUCAUUCUGUUCCAUGUGGGAAAUAAUGGUUGCUUCUGUUUUAAACAACUCUUCCCAUGAGCCACUGCUCUGAUGGCAAGCUGUCCUCACCUUCCGUCAAGAGCUGGCUCUGUGUUCCCUAUGGACAGACAGUGGUGAGGUCCCUUAGCCACGGGCAGAUUUAGGGUCUGGUUGUCAUGCCAUCCCAACAACCAGAUUGAUCCAGCCUGUUUUGACCAAGGCUAAGCUCAGGUGAUGACAGGCUUGGAGUCAGGCUCACUGUGGGGAGCAGUCUGUCACCAUGGCUGCCCAACUGGGGCAGGCUAGCCGAUGAACGGUGAAGAUCUAGACAGAGGCUUGUGUUCCAUGGUGGUGGCAGGGAGGGUCAGUCCAUGCUAGUCUGUUGGCUUUCCCAUGGCUAGGGGUUAUGCUGAGGAUUAAUCCUAUUGCUAAGGGUCUACACCCUGACUGUGGUGUAGACAGAGCUGCAGGGCUGAGAGAGGGCUGAGAGAGGUUCCCACUGCACCUAUGGCAUUGCUUGUGUGUGACUUGGAAUAGGGGCCAAUAAAGCAGCUGCAAGCUUU